AUGUGGUGUGGGAACGGUUGGUUCAUGAUCGGAGAUUUUAAUGAGAUUACCGGAAACCAUGAAAAGAAGGGAGGACGACGUCGCUUGGAGAACUCUUUCAUCCCGUUUCGUACCAUGCUUGCGGACUGUGGAAUGCUGGAAUUCCCUUUCAAAGGGAAUCAUUUCUCAUGGGUAGGAAGACGAAGCAAUGGUAAAGUUCAAUGUUGCCUUGAUCGAGCUGUUGGUAAUGAAGAAUGGCAUAAUCUCUUUUCCCACACGAAUGUGGAGUACCUAAAACUAUGGGGAUCAGAUCAUCGGCCGGUUUUGGCCAGAAUCAAGUCUCGAGAUAGACGGAUUCAGAGGAGUUUUAAAUUUGACAUACGUUGUUUGGGAAAGCCAGGGUUUAAGGACGCAGUGGCGGAAGGAUGGGGUGGAAAAGAGAGUUUGGAUGAUGGAAAUGUGUUUGAAAAGAUUCUCGAUGAAGCUCAAUGCAGUGAUAGUGCUACCUCUGACGAAGAACUUGCUUUGAAAUGGCGUUUAUGCGGAGCUUUAAGAGAUGAGGAGAUCUACUGGAAACAAAAAAGUAGAGCUACUUGGAUGCGGGAAGGAGACCGCAACACAAAGUAUUUCCAUGCCACUACCAAGCAAAGAAGAGCUCGUAAUCGGAUUAUUAGCAUCAAAGACGAGAAUGGGCUGUUAGUGGAAACUGAAGAUGGCAUUGAGGAGGUUGCAACACGGUAUUUUCAGACCCUCUUCACAGCCUCGACCACCAGUGGUUCGGAAGAUGCUCUCCGUUAUGUGGAUAGCCGUGUCUCCCCAGAAACUAAUGCCGUUUUGUCUCGCGACUUCUCUGACUCUGAAAUUAAAAAGGCGGUUUUUAGCAUUAACCCUGAUAAAGCACCGGGCUCGGAUGGGAUACUAGACCCGAGGAUUAACCAGACGAACAUAUGUCUGAUCCCGAAAAAUGAGAGACCAAGAGCGAUGUCAGAAUUCUGUCCAAUCAGCUUAUGCAAUGUUAGCUACAAGAUUAUCUCAAAAGUCCUCUGCAACCACUUAAAAGGAGCCCUCCCGAACCUGAUAUCGGAGACACAAUCAGCCUUUGUGGCUAGGCGUUUAAUUACGGACAACAUUCUGCUUGCACAAGAGAAUUUCCAUGCUCUCCGAACAAACCCAAUAUGCAAAGCAAAGUUCGUGGCGAUCAAAACGGAUAUGAGCAAGGCCUACGACAGGGUGGAAUGGUUGUUCCUUGAAGCUCUGAUGGAUAAGCUGGGAUUCUGUGAGAAAUGGAGAAGGUGGAUUAUGAGUUGUAUCUCGUCGGUCUCUUAUAAGGUCCUGCUAAAUGGAGAAGCAAAAUGGUCUAUCACCCCAUCUAGGGGGCUUCGUCAAGGAGAUCCUUUGUCCCCUUUUCUGUUUAUUAUCCUCACUGAAGCCCUAAUCUCCCAGCUCAAGGGAGCUGAAGAGGAAGGAAGAAUUACAGGGCUUAAGAUUGCACAAGGCAGCCCUCCUAUCUCCCACUUACUCUUUGCAGACGAUAGUUUAUUUUUCUGUAAAGCUGAUAUCCCGCAAUGUGCGGAGCUCCUGCGAAUCAUCAAUAUAUAUGAUUUGGCUUCAGGCCAACAACUAAAUGCAGAGAAAUCAGCGAUCUUGUUUGGGAGCAAAGUGGACAACAGCUUAAAAGUUGACAUCAAGCGAGCGAUUGGCAUCGCAAAGGAGGGCGGAAUGGGCAUGUAUUUGGGUCUCCCUGAAAAAAUUUGCGGGUCCAAACAACAAGUGUUUUCAUAUGGGGGUUUAGGCUUCUGGGACUUAAAAGAUUUCAAUAUUGCAUUGUUAGCAAAGCAGCUCUGGAGACUUUUGCGGUAUCCUGACUCUCUUCUUGCCCGGGUCCUCAAAGGUAGAUAUUUCAGAUACUCAAAUCCGUUGGAGGUAAAAACAGCAAGUUCCCCGUCUUUCGGGUGGAAAAGUAUGAUGGCUGCAAAGUCUCUAUUAAAUGAUGGGCUCAGGAAGAACAUUAAAUCUGGCUUUAAUACCAAAGUAUGGAGCGAUAAUUGGAUCCCAACAAUCCCGGCACGUCCGGUGGUGAGUCGAGACCCGGUCCAGGACCCCCAUUUGUAUGUUAAUCACUUGAUUGAUUUCAAUACAAAAUGUUGGAGAGUAGAAAAGUUAGAGGAACUUAUUGAUCAUAUGGACAUCCCUCUUAUCUUAGGACUAAAUCCAAGUCGCACUUUCCAGUUAGAUGACUAUGUCUGGGUACACUCUAAAUCAGGCCAAUACACGGUCAAAUCGGGUUACCUGUUGGCCACAUUGCAGAAUAAUGACAAAGAAAUGGUGUUGGAGCCUAGUACCACCAAGUUAAAAAGCUACGCAUGGAAGCUGCAAACCUCAAGGAAGAUUCAACAUUUUAUUUGGCAAGCCGUGUCAGGGUGUGUCUCCACAUGUAGCCGCUUAGUGGAUCGUCAUUGCGGGACAGAUCGGACUUGCGCACGGUGUGGUGCAGCUGAAGAAACCAUAAACCAUGUUUUGUUCAAAUGUCCCCCCGCCUUGCAAGCUUGGGCUCUCUCGGGUGUACCAUCUAAUCCGGGAAUUUUCCCGUGUGACUCACUCUUUGCUAAUUUUGACUUUCUUUUCUGGCGAAUUCAAGAUUUGGGACUGGAUGCAUCUACGCUACAAAUGAUCCCAUGGUUAGUAUGGUACAUAUGGAAGGCGAGAAAUGAGAAAGUAUUCAAUAAUCGGGACAUUGGGCCGCAAGAGUCCAUCAGUAUCGCAAAUGCGGAAGCACAAAGGUGGAAGCUUGCACAGCUGUUAGACGAAGAGGAGGAGGCAGACGAGGUGUACCCUUCCCAAUCUUUUUCAGCAGUACAAAGUGCGCAUCGAGUAUCGGUAACUUGUCAAGUGGACGGUUCGUGGGCUCCGAGGGAUUCAUUUUCAGGUAUAGGUUUCUAUCUUGAAGGGUCUUCGCAACCUCUUGUAGGUCUUAAGAGUUUACCACGCUUGUUAUCGCCGCUGCAUGCGGAAUUGGAGGCUCUUACAUGGGCUAUGGAGAAUGCUCUAGAGAAAGGUUUUAUGGAAGUUCAUUUUGAGACAGACUGUAGCGAGCUCGCUUCCGUCCUCGAUGUUACGAACGAUUGGCCGGCAAUGGCCUCGGAAUUGGACGUUUUCACGACACUUCGUGCUAGAUUUUCUUAUUUUUCUCUUGGUUGUAUUCCUCGCUUAAAUAAUGUCCGAGCAGACCGACUUGCAAAAGCGGCCAGAGCUCGUGGUGUUCUUAUUUCCCAUGUAAGUUUUCAGGUCCCGGAAUGGAUAGCUCAUAGGCUAGCCUAUUUGAACCAGCUUAAUAAAAUGUGGUGA